CAUUUUUUAUUAGAAACUCACCCUAAGAAAUUAGGACAUAGUAAGGGCUUAAAUCGUUUCAACGGCAUAUUGAUUUUUCUUUGUCGCCGUCAAAGUUUCAAGACGCGAGUUUUGAUCAGCCAAAAUGUCAAGUGGACUUUGACUCUUAGCUUUUUUUAGAGCUUCGUCUUCGUUGGCUCUUCAGUCGGCACAAUACGUUCAGAAGCCAUCUAGGGGUUCUCCGUAUCUGUUUCAGAGCAAUCGAUCGUGAAAAUGGCGUCCCAAGAUCACUUGGACAAAAUGAAGCUGCGCCAGAAUUAUCGCAAUAUGUGGCAUACUGAUCUUAUAGGCACCAUUAAGUCUAACACUCCUUAUUGCUGUUUUUCUUUGUGGUGUGGACCCUGUGCAUCAUAUUUGCUUCGAAAACGAGCUCUUUACAAUGAUAUGUCAAGGUAUACAUGCUGUGCUGGCUAUAUGCCGUGCAGUGGUCGAUGUGGAGAAAGUCGAUGCCCUGAAUUCUGCCUUGCUACUGAGGUUUUUCUUUGCUUUGGGAAUUCAGUGGCUUCAACUCGAUUUUUGUUGCAAGAUGAGUUCAACAUACAAACAACAAAAUGUGAUAACUGCAUUAUUGGUUUUAUGUUCUGUCUCCAACAACUUGCUUGCAUUUUCUCCAUAGUUGCCAUGAUUGUUGGAAGUGAUGAGAUACAGGAGGCUUCCCAGUUACUGUCUUGCUUGUCUGAUAUGGUCUACUGCUCGGUUUGUGCCUGUAUGCAGACUCAACACAAGAUUGAGAUGGACAAGAGAGACGGGAAGUUUGGUCCUGGACCGAUGACAGUUCCUCCACAGCAGCAAAUGUCACGACUUGAUC